AGCCCGAAGAAGACCCCCCCCAGGAAAUGCGCCUCUCUCUCCAACCUGCACUUGCUGGAUAGAUCGACCCGUGAGAUUGAGCUGGGCCUGGAGUACGGCAUCCCCACCAUGAACCUCGCUGGCCAAAGCCUCAAGUUUGAAAAUGGCCAGUGGGUGGCAGAAUCGGGAAGCUUCACAGGGGAUCGCAGGGAAAUGCAGCGCUUGCGCAAACGAAACCAGCAGCUAGAGGAAGAAAACAACCUCCUUCGGCUGAAAGUGGAUAUUCUGCUGGAUAUGCUCUCCGAGACCACAGCCGAGUCCCACCUGAUGGAGAAGGAGCUGGAGGAGCUGAAGAACCACAGCCGGAGGAGGAAGUGA